AUGCCUGGUACCGAGAGCGCACCUCAAUCCGGCCGCGACGAGAGCUCUAGAGGACGAGGGCGUGGCCGUGGACGAGGCAGCGGCGGGCGUGGAAGACGAGGCCGAGUAGGAAAUGCUCAAAACGCAGUCAAUGCCACUCCCGCCAAUCCAGCAGCUCAGCACGUUGCCGCAGCAGCAGCAAGAGCUCAUCUCUUGAAGCAGCAGGGCCAGACUGCCGCCGGGAAUGCUGGCGCCCCGACUCCUGCAACCCCGGCUGACGCUGACGCUGACGAUGAUGCCGACGUCUGCUUUAUUUGUGCCAAUCCGGUUGCACACCAUUCUAUUGCUCCUUGCAAUCAUGCUACCUGUCAUAUCUGUGGUUUGCGGAUGAGGGCCCUUUAUAAGACGAAGGACUGCGCCCAUUGCCGAACCCCAGCCCCCUUUGUCAUCUUCACGGAUGACGCUGCAAAGCGCUUCGAUGAUUACACCGACAAGGACAUCACCACCACCGACUCCAACAUCGGCAUCAAAUACACAAAUGAAGACAUCGUGGGGGAUACCGUGCUCUUGCUGCGGUACAACUGCCCCGAUGAGUCUUGCGACUUUGCCGGCCUCGGAUGGCCCGACCUCCACCGCCAUGUCAAAUCAGUCCAUCGCAAACGAAUGUGCGACCUGUGCACUCGCAACAAGAAGGUCUUCACGCACGAGCACGAGCUCUUCUCCGACAAGGAGCUGGAGAAGCACAUGAGACGCGGCGACGAUAAGCCCGGCGCCGCCGACCAAACCGGCUUCAAGGGCCACCCCCUGUGCGGUUUCUGUGGCGAGCGCUUCUACGACGACGACAAGUUGUACGAGCAUUGCCGCAUGAAGCACGAACGUUGCUUCAUCUGCGACCGCCGCGAUUCACGACAACCGCACUAUUACCUCGACUACAACGCCCUGGAAGAGCACUUCAAGAAGGACCACUACAUUUGCUCCAACAGCGAGUGCCUGGAAAAGAAGUUUGUCGUAUUUGAGUCUGAAAUGGACCUCCAGGCGCACAACCUCAAGGAACAUGCCGGCAAAGCCGUAGGCAGAGACGCCAGGCUUGUCGACAUGUCCUCCUUUGACAUCAGACAGUCGUACCAGACCGAAAGACGCGGUGGCCACCGAGACGGCGAGGGACGAGGCCGCGGCAGACGACGAGGGGGCAGGGGCAGAGACCCCAACGAGGAUGCCGUGCCGCCGACUUCUGCCCAGCCGUUGCGCAGAGACGAGCUGGCCCUGCAGCGUCAGCUAGCAAUUCACUCGGCGCAAUCCGUAUCGAACCGAACCUUUGGCGGCCAGCUCUCCGCGCCAGCUGGCCAGUCUUCGACCACACGCUCGACGCCGUCAGACACGUCAACGCCCGCCCGAAGCCAUAACACAGCCAGCCCCCAGAAUGGCCUGGCCGGCGCCAUGGACUCACUGACCGUUACCGACACGUCAAACAUGUCGCCGGAGGAGAGAGCCCGCCUUGUCCGCCACAGCUCCGUCGUCGAGCGAGCCGCCAACCUCCUCGGCAACGACGCCAACAAAAUCAACACGUUCCGCCAGCACAUCUCGUCCUACCGCCAAGGCGGCUUCACGGCCCCCCAGCUCAUCGACGCCUUCUUCACCCUCUUCGCCGACGUCUCGUCCAACGCCCUCGGCACCCUGGUCCGCGAAGUAGCCGACCUCUUCGACGACAAGACCAAAGCCGACAACCUCCGCAAGGCGUGGCAGGACUGGCGCGCCAUCAACGAAGACUACCCCAGCCUCCCCGGCCUCAGUGGCAUGCAUGGCGCAACCUCCAGCUCAAGCGGAUGGGCGAACGCCGCAACUGCCAACCCGGCAUCCCCCAACGCAGCAGCCCCUGCUCAGAAACACUCCAACAGAGUCCUCCGUCUCAAGAACAGCACCCGCCUCGGCGGCCACGCCAGGUUGGAUAUCGUCUCCCGCCGUUCAGCGACCACCACCAUCAUCAUCCGCCUUCCCCUCGCUCCCACCAGCAUCGUCAUCAGCCCCGCCCAACCGCGAUCCACCAUCUCCCGCAGCCAAGAAGCCUUCCCAUCUCUUCCCGCCGCCCCCAAACCAACCACUACCAUCUUCGGAUACGGAUCCGGCCGCGGCGUCCGUCGCGACUACGGACACGCCGAGUCCAACUUCACGUGGGGUGCUAGUUCGUCCGCCGCAAAUACACCCGCCGCCGAGGAAGAUCACGACGCGGCCACCUCCAAAAAGGGGAACAAGAAGGGCAAGAAGGUUCUCGUGCAGUGGGGAUAG